AAUCGAAGAAAAAAAAAUUGGAUAUGGGCAUAAUGUCUUUGCUAAAGAGUUUAUUCCAAGUUGGCUUCCUACUCCCUCCGAGCCAGUAGUAAAGAAAAGUGAAUCAGAGAACUUGGCUGACAUACCUGUGGAAAAUACUCCGACGCCGCCAAAUCCUGCACCAGUGGCUAAAAAAGAGACGGGAAAGAAAACCGUGUCUUCUAGCACUACUGUUUCCACCCCUACUGCACAAAUAACAGAAACACAGAACAAGACGAACAUGUUGAUGCUGAAGAUCUUUAUGCCAAAGAACAUUUAA